AUGAAGAGACAAAACCAGAGUGUGAUUACUGAGUUCAUCCUUAUAGGCUUCUCAAACCUGGAGGGUCUCCAAAUCUUUCUCUUCUUUAUUUUCCUAUUGGUUUAUCUGACCACUCUGAUGGCCAACGCCACCAUCAUGACUGUCAUUUGUCUGCAUCAAGCUUUGCACACCCCUAUGUACUUCUUUCUCUUUGUCCUCUCUUGCUCUGAAACCUGCUACACCUUGGUCAUUGUACCAAAAAUGCUGACCAACCUGCUUUUCACAAGUCCAACUAUUUCUUUUUCUGGGUGUGCUACCCAGCUCUAUUUCUUUGUUGGCUUGGCUUGUACCAACUGUUUUCUAAUUGCUGUAAUGGGUUAUGAUCGCUAUGUGGCUAUCUGCAACCCUCUCAACUACACACUAAUUGUCAACAGAGCCACCUGCCUGCAGUUGGUUCUAGCCUCCAGUUUCUGUGGUUUCCUGAUCUCUGUGGUUGUCAACAUCCUGGUAUUUAGUGUACCCUUCUGUGCUUCCAAUCGGAUCAACCACUUUUUCUGUGACAUUUUCCCUGUCAUAAAACUGGGCUGCACAGAUACCAGCCUGAAGGAGAUGGUUAUCUUCUCCCUCAGCAUUCUGGUGUUGCUGGUCCCCUUUGUGUUUAUCCUUAUCUCUUACAUCUUCAUUGUUUCCACUAUCCUUAAGAUCUCCUCAGUGGAAGGACAGUGUAAGGCCUUCACCACCUGUGCCUCUCACCUCACAGUGGUUAUUGUCCACUAUGGCUGUGCUUCCUUUAUCUACUUGAGGCCCACAUCUCUAUACUCCUCAGAUAAAGAUCACCUUGUGGCAGUGACCUAUACUGUGAUCACUCCACUACUCAAUCCCCUUGUCUACACACUGAGAAAUAAAGAAGUGAAAAUGGCUCUGAGAAAGGUUCUCAGUAGACACUCAUUUUCAAAAACUGUAUAA